AUGCAGCAGCACCAGCAACAGCAGCACCAGCAACAGCAGCAGCAACACCAGCAGCAGCAACACCAGCAGCAGCAGCAGCAGCAGCAGCAGCAGCAAAUCAAGCAGCAGCAGCAGCAACAGCAGCAGCAGCAGCAACAGCAGCAGCAGCAGCAACAGCAGCAGCAGGAGCAGCAGCACCAGCAGCACCAGCACCAGCACCAGCACCAGCAACAGCAACAGCAGCGGCAGCAGCAGCAGCAGCAUGACCCUGAAUCUCCUGCUGCUGCUGCUGCUGCUGCUGCUGAUGAUGACUCUGUAGCUGCAGCAGAUAAAGAAAAAAAACAAAAAAAAGAAAAAAAAGAAAAAAAAGAAAAAGAAAAUAAACAAAAACAAGAGGGGGGUUUGACUAUUGAGGCGGAUAUACACCGCGAAGCAGCAGCAGCAAAAACAGCAGCAGCAGCAGCAGCAGCAGCAGAUGCAGCAGCACCACAAACAGCAGCACCAGCAACAGCAGCAGCAACGCCAGCAGCAGCAGCAGCAGCAGCAGCAGCAGCAGCAAAUCGAAAAAAAGAAAAACAAAAAACAGCAGAAGAAGAACAAAGUCAGCAGCAGCAGCAGCAGGAGCAGCAGAACCAAGAGCAGCAGCAGCAGCAGCAGAUCAAACUCCAGCAGCAGCAGCAGCAGCAACAGCAGCAGCAGCAGCAACAGCAGCAACAGCAGCAGAUGUAA